ACACUAACGUUUCAUAUGUAGCCCAAUCCCGCGAACUGAAAUAAUGAUGGGCAGCGCUUGGUCCGAGCUAUUUACGCUCGACAGACUGUGGUCUGUCACCCGUUGCACGAUUGGCAUCAUUCUAGAAGCCCGCCAGUGCUUUAGUGCUAACCCGAUUGGAUGUUUACAGUCUACAUAAGUAUGUACUACUCUGUAGACUGCGGGGAGGGCCGUAUAGGCAGACUGCCGUGACACUCGAUCGCGAUAAUCGAUAAUCGCUGGACUCCGCCCCGCCAAAAGACUCGGAGAGCCCCGAUGCGGGGGCAAUGACCUCAAGAUCUAUUAUAUCUACAAUGUGUCUACACCGUUGACAACCUACCUACUUCCAGCUUCGCUAUCUAGAAUAAUCAGUCCACUACUGCAACUGUAAGCAACAAUGCCACCUACACUCCCACCGGCCUCCUCCUUAAAGGAGCAGCCACAAGAGCAACAAUUCCAAGCUCUAGAUACCCUCUUCGAAUCCUCACCAGAGCUUCACACCCUCAUGGCCCCGGUCCUCGCCAACCAAACGUUCUCAUCCUACGCAAGCUUAAUCGACGCAGUUGGGGGCCGGAUGUCGGCGCUCUCGGCCGCAAAUUCGCCGACCGACAGGGACAUUCUUGUAGGGAUUCUCGGGUCGCAUCCCCGCUUGGGACAGCCGAAGACAGCCGCUGCUGGCGGCGGCGGCGCAGAACAUCUCAGCGAACUGAGCAAAAAAGAGCAGGCGAAUUUGAAUACGGGUGCGGAGGAACAGGCAGAGAAACUGCGCGCGCUGAAUGCUGAAUAUGAAGAGAAGUUCCCAGGGCUGCGGUUUGUGUAUGUGAUAUUGGUACUAUUACAUGGGCUGUUUAUUAUUCGGUGCUAAUUGUUUCUCCAACAUGGAAACAGGACGUUUGUGAAUAAGCGAAGUAGGGAUGUGAUUAUGGAGGAAAUGCGCAAGAGGAUUGAUCGGGGCGAUUCUGACAAAGAGGUCGAGGAGGUCAUCCAGGUGAGUCAUUUACAACGUGUCCAUACAGCGCGGAGACAUUCUUAUCUCGUGGCAGGCCAUGUGUGAUAUCGCCAAAAGUCGGGCCGGGGAGUUGGUAUAGACCCUGACAAGGACGCUUGGACGGGAGGGAGCCGCUGGAGCUGA